AUGAAACUGACUUUCAAGAAUAAACAACAGUUCAACCAAGGAGGUUACCCCCAGCAGCCAGGCAGACCUGGAGGUUAUCCUUACCAAGGAGGUUACCCCCAGCAGCCAGGAUACCCAGCAGGAGGUAAUCCAGCUGGUGGUUACCCUGAUCAGGGUUACCCAUAUGGAGGAGUUUAUGGAGGGUAUCCAGGUGGAUACAUGAACUACAACCCAAACCACAAAAUCCUGAGCCCUUACUAUGGAGGCAGCUUUGGAUUUGGGGGCCAUGGCAUUGGGGGUGGCUCUCCCUUCUCCCAGUCAGUUCAGGCAAUGGGUGUUUAUCCCAAGAAAUCCAGGGGGUUUGGGCGCAGCGCAGUGAUGGCAGCAGCUGGAGGUGCCAUGGCAGGAAUGCCCCUGGGCUACGGGCUGGGGAGGUUCCCUCGUCCUCACUUCCACUUCCACAGCCCCCAGGAGGAGUACUACUACAACCACUACAUGUACAGGAAAUAUGGUGCCAGGUCUACUGAUGCUGAUGACUAUGGCCGAGACUACAGGUACAGCAAACCCCCUGAGACAGCUUCAUGGACUCGUUCAUGA